CGUCAUAAUUGCAGUCUUUGAUAGCGUUGAUGAUAACGUCAUAGCGUUAAGUACCUACUACGUCCACUAGUAGUCAGGUUAGUAACUGAGAUGAAUGUAGUUACGCGAAAAGUGGACUUGUGAGCUUCUAUGCACUCGUGUAUUUUUUGCUUUGUCGUAAAAAUACAAAAAUCGCACAAAGACGUUUACGGUAGAUAUAUUCUGCACAUAACCUUUAUGCAUCCUAGUGUCUAUAUAUAUACUUCUAUCUGAAUCUAUAUUACGUCGGUGAAUUAAUAUUUAUCGAAUAUUGAAUAACAAAAAUGCAGCUGAUACCGAAUAGCGAAUUAUAUUCCCCAAAUGUAAAUGAGGAAUAUAAUUCACCUGCUUUUUCAAACAAAAUGAAAGCAAUGGUAGAUCAAUUGUCUAUCAUAGAAAAAGAAUAUAACAGACGCAGAGAAGAUGUAGCUUCUGAUCGCAUGGAAGUAGAUGUUGUACCAAGAGUAAUUUAUAAUUCACCACGAAUACGAAAUGGUAGAAAAAGAAAUGCUGAGACACUUAAGUUUCGAGGAAAAAUAAGUAUUUUUAAGCGACCAGAAGGACCUGCUCCACGUUCCAUUAACAGAACUAUACCAGAUUAUCAUAAAAAUCCUCAUAAAUGGACCAAAUAUACUUUGGACGAUGUAUCUAAUGAAGAUAUGACUGAUCAAAGUAAUACCCAUGUUGCGUUGUCAUUUUUAAAAGAAUUAAGAGAGCGUAAAAUACAAGAAUCUAAAUUGGAAAAUAAAAUGGAUGUCGAUGAAACAGUAUCAAAUGAAAAUCAAAAUAAAAUAUCAUUUCAAUCGCAACAAGCACAAUCAUCUACUUCUAUGGUAAAAUUUAGAAAACCAAGAAUUGAAUCUACUAAAUCAAAAAAUGCAACUGCAAUUGAAAAUUCAGGUGGAAAGCUACUAACAUAUAAAAAUUGCAAACUUAUUUUACCGGAAUAUGUAGUUGGACAAAAACCAAUGAAGAAAGUCAAAAAGAGUAGAAUUCCACAAAACAUUUGUCCUUCGACAAAAAUUAAGCUAGAUCAUUUGCAAGAAGUAGAUCAAGAAUAAUCGUUGAAAUAAUACUAUCUUACUAUUAAGUUUAUAAACUAUAUAUGUAUAUUCACAAAUCAAUAUAAGUUUAGUUUAGUUUAGUUUAUUUAAAAUAUAUUCAGCUUUGUAGCUAUGAAUAGGAGUUGGUUUAUAAUUUCCUAAUAACAAAUAUAAGCUGUCUUAUCAUU